AUGUUAUCUAUAAAUAACAGAAUGUUUCUAACGAUUUCCUAUCGACAUUUAUUAUCACAUUCAUCUAUUCUCACUGAAUAUUCUAUUAAAUUAUCAUCAACAUCAAGUCAUAGUAAUAAUAAACGACAUCGAACAUCAUCAUCUUCAUUCUAUCAUCAUCAUCAUCAUUCUCAUCAUCAUCAUCGAACACAUUCUAAUAAAACACAUAAUCCAACAAAUAUAUUACGUCGACUUUUUCAACCAAUUGAUGUUAAACCAAUGACUACUAUCGAUAAACUUGAUCCAACAUCAUCAAAAAUUGUAGAUACAAAUGUUGGUGAAGAAUUAACCGGUGGUAAAACACUUGAACGAAAUGCACUUCUUCGUAUCAUAACAGACUUUUAUCGUCGUGAUGAAAUAAAAAAAUUAGCUCUUGAUCAAGGUCUUGAUAAUCGUCGUUUUCAAGAUGCUUAUGUUAGUUUUCGAAAAUUUUGUAUUCAAUCAACAGUUUUACCUGUUGAUUUAUAUAUUGUGUUCAGUGAUAUUAUAUCUGGACCUGGUCAUGUAACAGAUAUAUUUCCUUAUUUUUUACGUCAUGCACAAGAAAUGUUUCCACAUUUAACAUGUAUGGAAGAUUUGAAAAAGAUUAGUGAUCUUAGAGAUCCUGCUAAUUGGUAUUCAGAUGCACGAGCUAUACAAAGAAAAAUAAUAUUUCAUGCUGGUCCAACAAAUAGUGGAAAAACAUAUCAUGCACUUCAACGUUAUAUGAAUAGUGAAAGUGGAGUUUAUUGUGGACCAUUAAAAUUAUUAGCAUCUGAAGUUUUUUUUAAGACUAAUGGCGCAGGUACAAAAUGUGAUCUGGUUACUGGUGAAGAACGUCGAUUUGCUGAUCCUGAAGGAAAACCAGCUAAUCAUGUAGCAUGUACAGUUGAAAUGACGAAUUUAACUACCGUUUAUGAGGUAGCUGUUAUUGAUGAAAUUCAAAUGAUGCGUGAUCCACAACGUGGUUGGGCAUGGACACGAGCUUUACUUGGUCUACAAGCAAAAGGAAUUCAUUUAUGUGGUGAAAAAUCUACAGUACGACUUGUAGAGGAUUUAAUGGUCACAACAGGUGAUCAAGUAGAAAUUAGAGAAUACAAACGAUUAACUAAAUUAAAUUAUCAAGAUCGAGCAUUAGAAACAUUCGAUAAUGUCAAAUCGGGCGAUUGCUUUGUAUGCUUCAGUAAAAAUGAUAUAUUUCAUAUAACACGUGAAUUAGAAAGACGUGGUCAUGAAGUAGCUGUUAUUUAUGGAUCAUUACCACCAGGUACGAAAUUAUUACAAGCUCAACGUUUUAAUGAUCCAAAUGAUCCAUGUAAAAUAAUGGUCGCCACAGAUGCUAUUGGCAUGGGUUUAAAUUUGUUCCCUCUACUGAAAGGAGGGUCAUACACCGAGUUAGGUUCGUAUGUUCGUAACUUCGUAAGUUCGUAA